UAAAAGGAGCACAUCAAAAGCAGGCCAAAAAGUGGGGUGGGUCUAUUUCUCCGCUCAUUGUGGGCUAGCACGGUGCCAUCAACAGCUAGAAUGGUGCCAUCGUGGACGAGGCACAACAGUGGACUUGCGUUGCAAUUUGAAGGCAGGAAAGAGUUAAAAGUUGCUGCUGUGUGGCGUAGGAGGUUCACGGAGGAGGAGGAGGAGGAGGGGGCCGUUUUCUAUUGAUAGUCAUCUUCACUCGGACUUCGGCUUAGUUGGGACCACGCGCGCAAACCUGGAGGGAAGGAAACAAAAAGGAAGAUGACACCGAGAUGAAGAACGACACACUUCAGUCCUGCUCUGCGAUUGGCCGAUGAAGAUGGCCCACCUCUUCCUGGCCGGCAAGACGGUCCAGCCAGAAGACGGCAACCUGGCGUCUUUCUCCUACGAGAAGCUCGAUUCGGGCGGUAAGGACAGCGACGCCGUCGUCACGGCGAUGUGGGCCCCGCACGCGGACGAGGCGCAGCUCUUGAGCGCGGCCACCGGGGGCGCCGAGAUGUCCUGCUACCGCUGCACGGUGCCCUUCGGGGUGGUGGUCCUCAUCGCCGGCGUGGUGGUGACGGGGGUGGCCUACACCUUCAACUCGCACGGCUCCACCAUCUCCGUCCUGGGACUGGUGCUGCUGGGGGCCGGGCUGGGCCUGCUGGGGGCCAGCGCCACCUGCUGGAGGCUGCGGACGCGCGGGAAGAGCGACCAAAGGAGGAGGGAGAGCCAGGCCGACCUCGUGGUCGGCCUGGGGUACUGAGACGCUGCGAGACGGAGCUUCGGGGGAUGAAAAAUGAUUUGCAAGAAAUUAUCGGACGAGUUCUAAAACUUCGGGACUCGAAACCUUACAGAGGAGACAUUUUCCCAAGGAGCUCUUCAUAAUCCUAACGUAAAUUCAACAUAACUGCUCCCUAAAUGCCAUAGUAUUUUCUGGAGAAAAAAAAGUCAUCAUUUUAGAAGAAUCAAGGAAGGAAUUGAAAACUUUUCGUUUUCAAGAGAAAAAAAGUUACAAUUGCAAAUUAAUAUUUCUUCGAGGAAAAAAAGGGGCAAUGUUACGAGAAUAAGGGCAUUUUUUUUUUUUUUAAAGUUGUAAUCUUCACAAGAACGUGUAUUUUGUCAGGAUAAAAAUUCCUAAUCUUACGUGAAUCAAGUCUGACAAGAUAAAGUCAGAAUAUUCUGAUAGUUCAUUAAGAAAAGAACAUUCGAAACAAUAAAAAAAGUUGCCUCUUUAAAUUUUUUACUUCAUCGAUGAAUGGGUUGUCUCAUCAGUCCGAUUUAAAAAUCACCCAUUAUUUCCCAUGCCUGUUUUCACCUGUUGGUUUGCUGUGCAGCGCCCCUAGUGGUCAGGAGGUUAAACAACACUCAAAAUGAUCAUCAGGAUGUCACGAUGAACUCAUUCUCAGAGUUUGAAUUAAAUAAGUAAAUACAUCAAAACAAUUGACGUAACCUUCAAGGAGCAGAUAAGAUAGAAUGAAUAAAUGCUGCUAUGAGAAAUGGUACUUUGUAACGCUUAUGAUACUUUUUGACAAAAGUGACAAAAAAGCUGCAACUCUUCCGAUAAACUGUGUACACAUACCGAUAAUCGGGCCAAUUUUUGAGCCCAAUUCGCCUUACUUCCGAUCAAAGUCAGCAUACUUCUUUUUCUUCGUAUUUUCUGCCAGUCUGGAUAUCCUGUUGCACCAUGCUGCCUCCCACAGGUCAGUCUUGGUACGACACGAGAAAGUCAGUUUAACGUCCUCAUGCGUGUACCGGGCUUUCGGAGAUUAACUUUGGCCCACACUCUGUAUACAAAUGUACUUUUUCAUGUAAACACGCACAAAUGCCAGCAAAAUACUAAACUUUCUUGCCAGAGGCAUAUUAUUAUUAUUUCUAAUGAUAAUAAAAGUCUGUCACAAAAAUAGACAGUAAAUCAAACUUUUUUUUUUGUUUUUUAACCGCCUUAUUUAUUCAUGCGUCACAUUCUGCAUGACUGGAUGCUUUUCUAUGAAUAAAGUCACCAGAUGUUUGUGUUGUGU